AUGGAGCUGGUCACCUCGGCCGGUGAACGUCUGACUCUGAGCGCUGCACAAGAAGCAGAUACAAAUGUCUUGCAUAGCCUCCGCCAACGAGAGAAGAAAAUCCAAAUGUACAAACAUCUAUGGGCACAGCGGGCUCAGAUCCAGUCAAUUGUUGCACGGCACCUUGGACUCCGCAACAACGCUCAGUGUGCAAUCCGGAGUCCAGCUGAGUGGAAUGCUGGCCGAUUCAACAUGUGUGUCCACGUGCAAGUCACGGACAACCGCCAUAAAGUCUCGCGCAAGAUCUUCCGCUGCGCAAUGCCUCACACCAUUGGCAAUCACAAUGCCCCUGCUGCCAUCGACGAGAGAAUUAGAUCCGAGGUAGCCAACUAUGCGUGGAACGAGAAGAACUGCCCAGACAUACCGACCCCGAAACUGAUCGGGUUCGGGCUGUUCAAUGGCGAACAGUUCACUCAUGAGCGACAUCUUCCGUGGUAUCGUCGUCUGGCCUUUCAGAUAUUUCGCUUCAUGCGUUCGAUCUUCAGCAGACAGCAUCUUAGCGCGUACGCCGCACGAAACUUGAGUUCACAGCUUGAUACUGGAUACAUAUUGAUGGAUUACAUCGACAAAGACACUGGAACCAUGCUUGCGACGCUGUGGGACGAAGGCAAAGGCGACCAGGAGAAGAAGGAGCGCUUGUACCGCGGAGUAAGCCAAAUAAUGCUCUCGCUUGCUCGCACACCGCACCCCCGGAUCGGCUCGCUCAGAUUCAAUGAUGACGGGUCGAUAUCACUGGCGAGCCGUCCUCUACUUUGUGCAAUUUCAGUCCUGGAGAACGAAGGGGCACCAAGGCUAGAGGGUCCGUACACCUCUACCGGUCCGUUUCUGCAAGCUCUACAAGAAUUCCGGGCGAACGUCUUUACUAACCAGCCGAACGCUGUGCACGACAAAGAGGACUGCCGGCAGCAGAUGGCUUACAUGGUCCUGCUGAGGAGCAUUGUUCCCCAAAUCUUCAAUCUACAAUACUCGGGACCUUUUUUCUUGCAACACGAGGACCUACAUACCGGCAACAUCUUCGUAGAUGCGGACUGGAAUAUCACUGGAAUCAUUGACCUGGAAUUCGUGUGUUCCUUGCCGCCGGAUAUGCUCCAGCUACCACAUCGGCUGUGUAUCGGUCAUCUUGACCAUGUGAGUAGACACUUGACCCAAUUCACAGAGACGCACGAAAUCUUUCAACGGAUAUUUGCAACCGUGGAGAGGGAGCAGAACGUGGCCGGCACCCCGCUCGCUGACGCUAUACAUCGAGCUCUACCGUCUGGACGGUGCUGGCUGUACUACUGUCUGACCUCAAUCAAUGCAAUGCCGCUCUUAUUCAACGAGAACGUCUACCCAAUGUUCGGCCUGCGCAUGCGGGUCAAGGAGGAAGAAGCUUUUGCCCAAGGUCUUUCGCAUUUCUGGUGUCUAAACUCGGAAGAAUUCGUUCGGCAGAAGAUGGCCGACAAAGCACAAUACGAUGCUGAUCUACAGUCUCAUUACGCAAAGACGAAACCUUCGACAGAGAGGAUCGUGUUUUCUUUGAAUUCUGAGACGCCUCGCAGUCCUUCUGCAGCGGACUCCUGGAGUGGCUCUUCAACAAUGCCCGGGAUGGUAUUGCCUGGACUGUGA